AUGAAUCUUGACAAACAGCUCGAGCAAUGGAGGGAAAACUUUCCCGCAUUUCAGGCCCACCGCCUGCCUCCGCGUGGCGAGCAUCUUUCUGUACUGCGUCUCUACUUUACCUACCACAACUGUGUUAUCUCCAUUCAUAGGAUGAAUGGAAGACGAUACUGGCUUCCGCAUGACGAACCCACUCCUCGGCCUCCGUCUGACAUCCUCUGUUCUAUGGAACGAUGUGUUGAGGCGGCUAGGAUGCUGCUCAAACUGCUGGACUUGGUCCCUUGCACCUUAACGAGUUUCUACUGGGACAUACUCGGUUUCAGCGCAAAUGCACUUGUGGUCCUCUUCAUUCACAUCUUACAUCAGCCCCAUAGCACCCACGCUGCUUCCGACUUACAAGCCAUGAAAAAGGGUCUUGGGGUACUUCCUAUUCUAAAACCACACCAUGGUGCUAGUUACAUUCCACAAGCUCAAAUCAUAUGCGGAGAGCUGUGUAGAUUAGCCCAAGCAGCGAUCGAAUCGUCGUCUCAAAAGGAACCGCAUAUUCCUGCAGCUUCUUCUGCGAACGGCACACACAAAGAGCGUCAUGCCACUCAAUCUUCGCCUGCAUUCAGAUCGAAUGCAGAGGGUUUCUCUGCCAUGCAUGGGUACAAUGCUCCUGCACCUGGGUCUACCAACUUCAUCAUACAGCGGGAACCCCAGGGAGGCAACAGGAACGCCAAUCCAGCGCCAAUGAUGUGGGAUAAGGGUGGUGGACAGUAUCUAAACGCGCUACCUUUUCCAUGUCACCCUGAUGACUUCGCUGGGGGGUUUCUCAAUUUGGAUCCAGGGUUAAACGCCGAAUUGUAUCGCCUUUUUCAAGUCUAA